AUGGAAAGUGCAGAAACAGAAUUUAAAAAACCUACACUGAUAGGAAAAGUUGGCAAGUUGCCCCGUAAAUUAAAACCUGUAGAUGAACAAAUAAAUCGUCCACAACCUCAAAAAAUUGUUGAAAUUGAACCAGAAGCAAAAGUUGAAGAUAAAAAUGUUGAAGUGGUUGUAGAACCCAAACAAGUAAAUGCAGAUCCUCUAAAACCUGUCACAAAUUCCUACAAAGAACCCAAAUGGUCACAAAUUCCUGAUGAAACUGAUAAAUUUCAUUUGGAAGUUAUAAAAUCUGGGGUCAUCUUGGAAACCAAAAGUCUAAAUCAGAAGGCGUAUUGGACUUUUGGACGUUUACCAGACUGUGAUUAUAUUUUAGCACAUCCUACAAUAUCCAGGUACCAUGCUGUCUUACAAUUUCAUCCAACGACUGAAGACAACAGACCCAAAGGCUGGUACAUUUAUGAUCAGAACAGCACGCAUGGAACAUUUUUAAAUAAAACAAGACUCUUGCCUUGUAGGUAUGUACAUGUUAAACCAGGUUUUAUUUUGAAGUUUGGUGCAAGCACCAGGACUUACAUUUUAGGUGGUGAUGGGGAUGAUUACACAGAAAAUGAAAUGACGAUAACAGAUAUGAUAAACAAGAAACAAGAGCUGAUUCAGAAGCACGAAGAGCUUGUAAAGAAGUCUGAAGAGCAAGGUAUCGAUUGGGGAAUGGGUGAAGAUGCUGAUGAAAACACGGAUCUAACCGAGAACCCGUUUGCUGCUACAAAUAACGAAGAGUUGUUCCUGGAUGACCCCAAGAAGACUUUGCGUGGUUUCUUUGAACGCGAAGGCUUAGAUUUAGUCUACAACGUUGAAGACAAAGGUGCUGCACAUUUUACAUGCAAAAUAGAACUACCGGUUGAUAACUCUCAUGGGCAACCUAUUGUUUGUGAGUACACACAUCACGGUAAGAAAAAGGAAGCGGUUGUCCAGUGUGCGUUGGAAGCCUGCAGGAUCCUGGAUCGUUUAGGAGUACUCCGACAAUCCAAUCACGAGCCUAGAAAACGCAAAACUAAUUCAGACAGCGAGGAAGAUGAUUUUUUGGACAGGACUGGUGAUGUUGAGCGUAAACGAUUGAAGAAAACUUUGGACAACAAGCGUACAGCCACACACGAAGAACUGGUAAAUGAGGAAAAGGAAAUUUUAAAGCAAAUCCAGGAUCUUCAAUCCAAAUUAUCACGCGAUAGCCAAAAAUCUGUUACCAAAAGCACUGAUGAUGCUGAUGCUUUGGAUAAUUUUAUGUCCGGGCUGAGGGAUUCCAAAAUGGACAGUUUGACUAAAAGGAAGACUAUGUUUGAGAUUAAACAGUUGCAGGAGAAUUUAAAACAAGUACAAAAACUGAUUAAAAUUAGUGCUCCUAAUAAAUUACCAGAGUUGCAACCGGAAACUGUUUCGGCGCCUCAAAAGGCUGAUAAGAAAAGCUUUUUGCCUUUGUUUGGUAAACGACCUGGUUUUAAGAAAAAAUUAGAGGCGAGGAAGGUAAUUGUGGAACCGUCUUGGAAAAUGGACACUGGGGAUGAUGAUGAACCAGAAAAUGAUGAGGAGAACCAAGAUGAUCCAGAAAAUAUUCAGAAAACUGAUGGAAUCGAAAAGAGCAACUUGGAGGCACCUGAAGACAAAACUAACCAGCAUAAGUCUCCUAAAAAACAAAUACAAGUCAAACCAAAUCCAGAAAGUCUUAGCAAUGACCACAAUAAAAUUCCUGAGACAUCCUUAGAUGCAAUUGAAGAUAAAAGUAUGGUUAAAGACCAACAGAAAUCUCCUAAAAAACACAUCCAAGUCACAACAAAUCCAGAAGGUCUUAAUCAUCCCAAUAAAAUCCAAAAGUUUUCCUCUACUGAAGAUAAAAGUAUUGAUGAACAUCCUGGCCAACCACAAAAUCUCAAUAAAAUCCAAAAAUCCUCCUCUACUACAACAGAAGACAAAAGUAUUGAUACUGACCACCCAAAAAAUUCCAAUAAAAUCCAAAAAAUCGCCUCUACUACAACUAAAGACAAAAGUAUUGAUGAACAUCCUCCUGGCCACCCAAAAAAUCAAAAUAAAAUACAAAAGAUCUCUUUUAUUCCAAAUUAUGAUAAAACUAUCAACGAGUCUUUCACCAAUGAUGAUAAAAGUAUCAAUGAGUCUUUUACCAAUGAUGAUAAAAGUAUCAAUGAGUCUUUUACCAAUGAUGAUAAAAGUAUAAAUUCAAUCAAAAAAUCUAUUUCUUCUAAAAAGCAAAAUAGAAAUCGUUUCAGAAAUCGCAUAAAAGAUGAAAGGGCUGAUGAUAAUUCCGAAACAAUUGAACAAUUAGGCGAAAAGUACAACACUUGGGUGCCACCCAAAAAUCAAACUGGAGAUGGUCGAACAGAAUUGAAUGAUAAAUUUGGUUAUUAG